UCGGUUGUAGUACAAGCGAGUAUUUAAGACUGUGUUUUUGGAAUGGUAAACAUCCAAUACGGAAUGGGCCAGGUUCGAUUCUUUCGACGAAAUUAGAUUCAUUCUGUGGUUGGAUAUAAACAUCUUAUCUUAGGUUACUGAGUAACUGCUUGAAAGUUUCAUAAUAGAAUAGUACAAUAGCCUACUUAUCGAUUCGAUAUUGCCUUUGAUGUUACUGUAGCUUACUGUACGCGACUUAAAGGAAAACACGGCAGUUUUGACAGCUAGCUAGCCUACUAAUCUAAAACCAACCAGCGACUUCUCAAGUUGCUGAAAUAAUAAUAAAAACGGCAUCCAAAUUCAGGUAGCAACGGAGGGUCUCUGUCAAGAGGACAUGGAAUCGACAAAAGCUGGUGGCGUUAUAGCCUACAUCAGCUCUACAAGCUCUUCUUCAAGCCCAGAGUCUUGUCACAGCGACAGCUCCAAUGGCAGCUACCAGUCCUCCUCUCCGCCUCGUACCUCCUCCCCGAGCUGUCGCCAGGGCCAACCGGCAAACACGCUCCUAACGACAGCAGGCCAACCCUGCGCUCCUUCUCAGAAGGCAGGACGCUCGUCCUCCACUGUCAAAUGUGGCAUUGCGAAGAUCAACGGCCUGGUGUUGUUGUGUAAGGUCUGUGGGGACGUGGCCUCGGGCUUCCACUAUGGGGUCCAUGCCUGCGAGGGCUGCAAGGGCUUCUUCAGAAGGAGUAUCCAGCAGAACAUCCAGUAUAAGAAAUGCCUUAAGAACGAGAGCUGCCCCAUCAUGAGGAUCAACAGGAACCGUUGCCAGCAGUGCCGCUUCAAGAAAUGUCUCAUUGUGGGGAUGUCCAGAGACUCUGUGCGUUUCGGCCGCAUCCCCAAGCGAGAGAAGCAGCGCAUGCUGCUGGAGAUGCAGAGUGCCAUGAACAACAUGAUGAACAACAGUCAACUCAACAGCCAGCUCCAUGACAACCAGUCCCUCCCCCUGGUCAGCCAGGCCCUGGCCUUCCCAGUGGAGUCCACCCCAGAAAACACAGGUCCCCCCUCAAGCUCCUGCUCUCUGGCCUCCCCUCCCCAGUCCAACAAAUCAGGGACCGGCUCUGAUCCCAAGCCUCCAGUUGCCGUGGAUACCCGUCCAAGCUUGGCAUCGUCCAGCGCGUCCGACAGCGGGGAGGAGGAGGUCAUCGGCAAGGUGACCAGGGCUCACCAGGAGACCUUCAUGUACAACCAGGAACAGGCCAGCCCCCCUGCCGAGGCCCCGCCCUCCCCAGUGGCAGAAGAGCAUGUGAUUGGACGAAGCAGCAUGUGGAUGGAGGAGAAGGAAGCCUGGAACUACCAGAACGACAUGUGCUCGAUGGAAGUGCCGGAGAGACCGACCAACACUGGACCACAACAUCCUGAGACCCAUCGACAGGACCGCGCCCCCAGCCAGUGCCCCUACAGGCCACCCAACAACAACAACAGCACCAGUGGCCAGCAUCCUGCCCGUGCAUUUGGCUGUCCAAGAGGCCACAACGCAGGGGAAGCAGACUUCCCCGGGGGCUUCACCGGGCCGCUGUGGAGCGGGGGCCACAGAAUGCAUCUGGUGUGUCCUAUGAACAUGUCCCCUCAUGUGGAUCCUCACAAGUCAGGCCACGGCAUCUGGGAGGAGUUCUCCCACAGCUUCACCCCGGCCGUCAGGGAGGUGGUGGAGUUUGCCAAGCGCAUCCCUGGCUUCAGGGAGCUCUCUCAGCAUGACCAGGUCAGCCUGCUGAAGGCUGGCACCUUUGAGGUGUUAGUUGUGCGCUUUGCCUCGCUGUUUGAAGUCAAGGACCGCACAGUGACCUUCCUGGGUGGUAAGAAGUACAGCGUGGAGGCACUGAGGGUUAUGGGAGCCGGAGACCUGCAGAACUCCAUGUUUGACUUCAGUGAGAAGCUCACAGGCCUGGGGCUCAACGAGGAGGAGAUGAGCCUGUUCACUGCCGUGGUUCUGGUCUCCGCCGACCGCUCAGGGAUCGAGAACGCCAACUCGGUGGAGGCUCUCCAGGAGACACUGAUCCGAGCACUACGGAGCCUCAUCACCAAGAACCACCCCAACGAGUCCGCCAUCUUUACCAAGCUGCUGCUCAAGUUGCCCGACCUGCGCUCCCUCAACAAUAUGCACUCCGAGCAGCUGCUGGCUUUCAAGGUCCACCCCUGAGCCUGGACCCUCCCCCCCCAAGGGCCUGGGCAUUUGCCAGAGACCCCCCAGGGGGUCUCUAACCCCCCCCCCCCCCCCCCCCCAUCCAGGGCUCAAGAAAACUCUCAUUCCAGACCCUCACUUCAUGUGACAUUUUUUCCCCAAACAAACUAAUGGGCAAACGUGUCAUGGUAGAAUGGGGGAGGGGCUUCAAAGUUAUCGUACUGUAGGGCCGGAAGGCCUCUUAUGUGGUAAUGCACACAUUUACAGAAACAGAAAGGAUGUUUAUGUUUAUUUGUGUUUGGGUCUUUAGACAAUGUUCUCUCAACGAGGCACCUUAUUUUAUUUUAUAGUGUAGACUUUUUACACUUGUUAGUGCAAUAUGUGACUGCUCAUAGCAGAGGUUCUACAAUUUCUUUACCUGAAGUGUAUGUUAACCAUUUGGGAACAUGCCAGUAUAGGAUGAGAUCACAGUUGCUGUAUUAUUCUUAGGGAGUUGGUCUUAAAUCUAAGCUCUAGGCUUAAACUGACAAUGCAUGACCACAUUGGAAGUGCAUAGCACCUCUCAAAAAUGAAAAGCUGAAAACAAUUAGUAGAAUGUUAGAAGCUUCAAAAUGAUGGCCUGCGGAGUCUGUAAAGUGGGAAAGACAUACGAAUGUCCUUUUGAGAAUGCUUGUUCAAAACAAACCAGAAUGGAUUCCAAUCAGAGGCAAUCUUUUAUUUCAGUUAUUUAGCUCAUGCUGUGUACUUAGUGCUAUACUAUAAGUUGUCUUUGGGAGAGUGGGGACUGAUUUAGUAAAUGUCUGUAGGGUUUUGUUUCCCCCUCAAGAUUUUCAACAAACUGAAGUCCAUGGGCACUGAUCCAUUACAAGACGUUAAUGUUGAUACUCAUGGUCAUUACACAACAUGACAUGGGACAGUAUACCUGGACUUAAUCAGGUCCAAGGGAUCGAUAUCGAAUCUCAAGACCGGAGUGUGGACGACUUAUUCAUGUUUAUCACCGCUAUGUCAGAUGCGGAUUUCAAUCACAUGUAAUUGUUGUACACAUCAUAUUGCUGUGAAGAGCAGGGAUGGGGAAGGGAAACAUUGCAGGACAACUGUUCAGCAGUUGUUCUCCAGAAUGUGAUCCCCUACUAUAAGGAAAGUUAACUAUAACUGUCCAAAUGUCCUUGAUUUACCAGUAUCUAUGUUCUGUAGAUGACUUCUUAAAUAGCUAGAUUGUAUUGACAUUCAGUAUGAUUGUAAUAUUGCAAGUAUGUGAUUGUAAUUUGAUGAAUUACUGAUGCUACCAAUGCUGUAGGUGGAUUUGCAUGUGAAGGACAUCACCAUGCCAUGUGUUUAGUGUCAUGUCAGGGGAUGACUUCAGUCAGUUUCUCUCCUCCAGCUUUUAUGCCUAUCUUAAGUUAUUGAGAGCUUCUGUCCAUGUGUGCGUUACAUUGCUGCCCUGUGGUUCUGCACCCUGCUUUUCUCUGUAAGAUCAUUGCAGUAUAGAUUUCUAUAUAAAUAAUAUAAAUACAUCCAAAUAAAUAAAACAUAAGCGUA